AAACCCGAAGUGAAUGCCUCUAAUGAGAAGAAUUGAACUGCUGGGUUAGUUGUUGUGGUUGUGAAAAUGUUGAAUCACAGGUGAUUAUUUCACUAAUUACAUGGGUGACUGCAAGACUCAUUGGAGGAUGACCUCUUACAGGCCAGAGGCAGAAGAGUCAAAGAAAAUACUUAGCAUUCCUCCCCCCACCCCGCAAAAAAAAUUGGAUUUAAUGGCUGGGAGGAAAAGAAUCUGCUCUGAACAAAGAGUAGAAGAUGUCAGGCUUAUUCGAGAACAGCACCCAACAAAGAUACCGGUAAUUAUCGAAAGAUAUAAAGGAGAGAAGCAGCUUCCUGUUCUGGACAAAACUAAGUUUCUGGUCCCAGAUCAUGUCAACAUGAGUGAGCUUAUCAAGAUAAUCAGACGGCGGCUGCAGCUGAAUUCCAACCAAGCUUUCUUCUUACUGGUGAACGGACACAGCAUGGUGAGCGUUUCCACACCCAUUUCGGAGGUGUACGAAAGUGAAAAGGACGAGGACGGAUUCUUAUACAUGGUGUAUGCUUCGCAGGAAACGUUUGGCAUGAAAUCCUCCGUGUAAACACCCUACCCAUUGGCUUGUAGCCUAGCCUAGUUUUACACCCCCCCCAGGAAAAAGAAAGGGAUGUCAUGUCACCGACCUGCUCAAAGUAGUUGUGCUUUGCGGGUGUUCUCAAUGUCCUUUCAUUUUGUUUGUAAAUAUUUAACAGACGAGUGCAGUACGGACAAGCAGCCCAGCUUCGUAGACUUGCUAUAAAUUUGCACAGGCCUAUUUGCUUUUUAAAAGCCUCUGGGAUUUGAGCAAGACCCUAACAUGCAUGUUAAGUUGACAAUAAAAAGAAUGUUUGCGUUACUCACAUCAUAGGAACUGGGCUGAAUGUUAAGUAGCGAACUGAAAUACAUCUGUGUGAUAUAUCCUGUUAAUUUAUAUUUCAGCUCCUAAAAAUGGCUUUUCCUGAAAGGAAACACAUAGGAGUAAAAGUCUGCUUCUUUGAAUUUCUUGAUGUUUGGAAAAUCAGUGCAUGUGGUGGAGGGAGGGGUUCAUUCCCCAAUAUCAACAAAAUACCAGAUUGCUCAUUAUAACUAUAUAUCAAGCAUAGCUUUAGUUUAGGAAGUGUGUAUUUUAAAACUAGGUUAUGUACUUAACAGUUGAAACUUUAAUACAUUUGUAUUCUGUCAUGCAUCUUUUUUUUUAUCAAAUCCGUCCAUCUCACCCUCAAAAAAAGAGGGCUUCCUUUUAUCCUUCAAAUGGUAUUGAAUGCUUGUUUUGAAGAAAAGGAUUUUGCAAAUAGCAGAUGCAAGCCUUCUGGAUCAGGUACAGGCAAAGGCAAGCUUCUUAACCAUUGAAAUUGUGUAUUUUUGUGCACAUCUGUGCAUAUUCAUCUUUCUACCUGCCACGUUCUUGAACUGGAAUAGGUGGAACCAAGAUUGAAUCUGCAUUGCAUCCUUACUGAAAACCUUGGUUUCCUUCAAUUUAAAUUUCACACUGAGCAUAAUUUCACUUUAUUAAAGACUAGGCUGUAUCUAAAAUUA